AUGCCAACGACAUACGUCAGAAAAUCACAGCGAGCUUCAUACUCUCAACAAGACUUAAAUAACGCUAUCGAAAAAGUUAGACGAAAAGAGCUAACUAACGGUGAAGCAUCACGAAUAUAUGGUAUCCCAACUUCUACACUCAAUGACAGGGUGAGACAAAAAACAGGUCACUUGAGUACUAGCCUUGGUAGGCCAACAAUCAUUCCAGCCGAAAAGGAAAAGUCAUUAGCGGACUGUCUUCGCACUAUUGAAAAGUGGGGCUGGGGGCUCUCGCGAAAGGAAAUUUUAGAUCUGGUCCAGCAAUUCAUACAAAGGAAUAGGUUAUCGACUCCAUUUCGCAAUGGCAGACCCGGUAAGGAUUGGUUUAUUGGGUUUCGAAAACGGCAUCACUUAUCCAUCAAAAAACCACAAUCGGUGGAAUAUCUACGCAAACAAUGUACAGACCCUUUUGUAACAAGCGAGUAUUUUUCACUAUUGGGAGACACUUUAACAAAGUUGAAACUUGAUGACCCUCACAGGAUUUGGAAUCUAGACGAAACAUCUGUCUGUUUAGAUCCGACUAAAACCAAAAUAGUUGGUGCAGUUGGUGCGCCUUGCGUAAGAACAACGACUGGCAAUGGCAGAGAGAAUAUUACCGUUUUGGCAGCCGUAAAUGCAGCUGGUAAAAAAAUAAAUCCGCUGUUAAUAUAUAAAGGCAAGAAUAUGUAUGAGCAGUGGAUAGCAAAACCUAAACCGGAGCAUGAUUUCGAAGUUGCCUAUGCUGCAACUAAACGUGGGUGGAUUGACACAGAAACAUUUUACAAUUAUAUGUCAAAAAUAAUGAUUCCAAGUUUGGGUCAUGAAAGACCUGUACUAAUUAUUUAUGAUGGUCAUACAACUCACCUCGAUGAAAGGGUAAUAAAAUUAGCCGUUGAGAAUGAUAUAACUAUUUUGAAAUUGCCUGCACACACAUCCCACUUAUUGCAGCCGCUGGACCUGGCAGUUUUUAAAUCGUUUAAAAACGCGUGGGACAUGAAGCUUGUUGACUGGCAACGACAAAAUGUAGGCAAGAAAAUUCAAAAACAACAAUUUGCCGAUUUGUUUGCAGAUGCUUGGCACCAAAUGACACCAAAGGUUAUACAAAGUGGAUUUAAAAAAGGAGGUAUCUACCCUUUUAACCCAACAGUUAUCCCAAAGGAAACAUAUGACCCAAAUUCUUACAAAAGAUGGACAGAACAUGUAUCUAAACAAAGUGUGAUACCUCUUACCAAGCUAUGCCUAGGUGUUAUAAAUAAAUAUAUGACUGAGACUGACUCACCCACCGUUUCAUUUGAGCAACUGUUACUUGAAAAAGUCACACAGCAACCUCGAACACAGUCCAAUAAAACCAUGCACAAAUUGAAACGCGUUGCUACAGGCGCUGAAGUUAUAACACAUACCUUGAUAGAACAACAAAAAACAAGAGAAAUAGGUGAGGACAAACACAUACACAAAUCAAAAAAGACAAACAAACCUGAUUUAGACAAAAAAAAGAAAAUAGCCAGAAAAGCCCAACCAACGCCUAAUGCACAUAGUAAAAAACAUGAUUCUAACACUUCCGACACUGAAAUAGCAGGGCCCUCUGGAUUACAACUAAACGUAGUGCUCCACGACCUUAAGCAUGCGCAAGCACUGCAAACUGUCCAAAAUCCAGUAGGCUCUGACUCGCCGACAAAAUUGUACGCAGACUUGGGAGACGCGCAUUAG